AAACAAAAUUGUUUUGGGGAAAAAAGCCGAUUUUUAAAGUAUUUUUUAAACGAAGGGCAAGCACUCUAGAUUGUCUUUCUGCAUUUCCUCCAGCCAUUUUAGUGACCUUAACGUAGAAUUAGAUUAUAAUUCUAAAAUGGCAAUCGAAAAGGUUCGUGGUGGAGGUGAACUUUUCAAAUACCCAUGGACUAUUUAUUCCAAAAUCCAGCAGUUUCCCUUUAAAUUUUAUUGGGAACAUGGUCGAGCUGUCAGAUACUUUGUCUACUCAGUACUUCUUUUGACCCCAGUUUAUUAUAAAUUGACGCAGUUCAGCUAUGCACCUGCCAAUGUCAAGAAAUGGGAAGAGAUUAGAGCUAAAAGGCACCACACCUUCUUUGAUUUACCCCAUGAUGAACACUAGUAAACAAUUGGCUGUGUUGUUGUUUUUUUCUAUGUUCAAUGACUGUCCUUGGGAGCCCAAAGAGAACCUGAUCAGUCGCAGCAACAAGAUCUGUUGUUAAUUGAACUAGUAAUGGACAGAAAGUAGUUAAUAUUUAGAUAUUAAAAUAUUUUUUUCUUUA